CAUUGCGGCAAGGCGGUGUGAUAAUGGCCGACUGGGAGUUCAACGUGAUGUGAAGAUCUUGCCUCCGUUGAAAGAAAAAUGGCCAAAAAAUAGCACUUUUUCAAGUCAUCACAACAAAAUAGACUCACAAAGGAAAGGAAGGCCCUUUAGCAACACCAAGUUAGACUUUUCAUUAAGAAUUUUGGGCGAAUGGAAUCCGAACCGGCUUAAAAUUUGGAAGGCGAUGUAGUGAAUAAUUCCGAUAUAAGACUUGAACUGUACUCGAUAAAGGCCUUUUAUUCUUCUUCGGUUGGUAAUUUCUACGUGGUAUAUAAUGGGCGAUAAAACGCAGCAACAGCAACCAGAGCCAUCAGAAUGUACCAUAAAGGUAUUCAGUCGUUUUCGACCCCAAUCCGAAGCUGAAACAAGGGUUGGAGGAGAAAUGAUCGUCAAGUUCCCGACAACCGACACAGUGAUACAUUCGGGUCGUACAUUUACGUUUGAUCGAGUUUUCAAGCCAACCUCAACUCAAGAAAAAGUUUAUAUGGAAGCGGCGCAGGCGAUCGUUCAAGAUGUACUUAAUGGAUACAAUGGAACAAUCUUUGCUUAUGGUCAAACAUCUAGUGGCAAGACRCAUACUAUGGAGGGGGUCAUUGGCGAUCAGCGACAUCAGGGUAUCAUACCAAGAAUUGUGCARGAUAUAUUUAACCAUAUUUACAACAUGGAUGAAAACCUAGAAUUCCACAUCAAGGUUUCUUAUUAUGAAAUUUAUUUGGAUAAAAUCAGAGAUCUUUUGGAUGUCACCAAGACCAACCUUGCAGUUCAUGAGGACAAAAACAGGGUACCUUUUGUAAAGGGUGCCACCGAGAGGUUCGUGUCCAGCCCUGARGAAGUGAUGGAAAUCAUAGAUGAAGGCAAAGCCAAUCGACACGUUGCUGUGACAAAUAUGAAUGAGCAUAGCUCUCGAAGUCACAGCAUAUUUUUACUGCAUAUCAAGCAAGAAAAUGUUGAAACAAAUAAGAAGCUGAGUGGCAAACUGUAUUUAGUUGAUCUUGCUGGUUCUGAGAAGGUUAGCAAAACCCAUGCAGAAGGAGCUGUACUUGAUGAAGCAAAGAAUAUUAACAAAUCAUUGUCAGCUCUAGGCAAUGUAAUAUCUGCACUGGCAGAAGGAACGAAAAGUCAUGUUCCAUAUCGUGAUAGUAAAAUGACAAGAAUAUUACAAGAAAGUUUAGGUGGAAAUGCACGGACAACGAUUAUUAUAUGUUGCUCUCCAUCUUCAUUCAAUGAUGCUGAAACGAGAUCUACCCUAAUGUUUGGUCAAAGAGCCAAAACAAUUAAGAAUGUUGUGGUGGUUAAUGAAGAGCUUACGGCAGAGGAAUGGAAGCAACGUUAUGAAAAAGAAAAGGACAAGAAUGCCAAACUGAGAUCAGUAUUGCAGAAAUAUGACUUAGAAUUAAAUAGAUGGAGAGGAGGUGAAAGUGUCCCAUUAGAUGAACAAGCCACCAAAGGCAGUGACAACAGAAAGAGUGAUGUCAUUGACAUGCAGCAGCUGAAUAUUCCGGCAAAUCAAGAGCCAGGCCAAGUCAGUAUGUCAAGUGCAGAAAAGAAGAAGUUAGAGAAAAAUAUGUCCAAACUGUAUUUCCAACUGGAUGAAAAGAGACACAGCAGCAUGGAGACCUCAGAGAAAGGACUGAAAGAACAGCUGGACAGUCAUGAAUCUAAUGUGCAGAAAUAUCAGCUCAUUAUCUCCCAGCAUGAAGCAAAGAUGCAGUCUAUGGGUAUCUCUCUAAAAGAGAUGGAAUCAAAGAAACGUAUCUUAGAGGAAGCUGUGGAUGCUCUAAAYGAAGACAUGGCAAAAUUAAAGGCUGAAGCUCAAAUGAACGCAUUAGCUUUACAAGACAAGGAACAAGAGCAUGAGGGAAUGCUUCAAGAUGCCACACGUAUGGCGACUGCCUUGGAAAAACAGAUGGAGUCUCAUCGGGAUGCUCACCAGAAACAGAUAGCGAGCCUGAGAGAUGAGAUUGAAUCACAGAAUACCCAUAUCAUCCAACUGAAAGAGCUCAACCAGAAGAAGGACUUGCAAACAGAUCAGUUAAUGAACGAGUGCGACAAACUGAAGAAGGAACUAUCAGAGAAGAGUGAUCGAAUCAGUGACUUGAACGUUCAAGCUGAGAAGAGAGAACAAGCAAAGAAAGACCUCCAAGGCCUCGAAGAGACUGUGGCCAAAGAACUUGCCACCCUCUACAAGCUACGGCAGUUGUUCGUCAGAGAUCUUCAGGCUCGUUUAAAAGUAACUGCCAGCGAUAGUGACGGUGAAGACGAUGGAGGAAGUCAAGCACAAAAACAAAAGAUUUCUUUUUUAGAAAACAACUUAGAUCAGCUUACAAAGGUCCAUAAGCAGCUUGUACGCGACAAUGCUGAUCUAAGGUGCGAGUUGCCCAAGCUGGAAAAGCGUCUGCGGGCCACGCAAGAGCGUGUUAAAGCAUUGGAACAGACGCUGAAAGAGGCUAAACAAGGGGCACAAAGGGACCGGGCUCGCUACCAAAAGGAAGUUGAGAGAAUAAAAGAAUCCAUGAGACAAAAACAAGCUGCUGCAAAGAAGAGUGCACAAGCACAUAUAGCUAAACCGAUCCGCCCGGGUCAACACGCCAGUUCCCAGAACAUAGCUGGUAUCCGGGGCGGAGGAGGUCAAGCGAUUGGUGGAGCCUUGUUCGGUGUGGGACGUAGUAUGGCUGCAUUAGGUUCAAAUGUACCCAAUAACCCUAGUUCCCCUAGCAUGCCUAGUAACUCCCCAAAUGGCGCUACGGUUGGUAUCGUUGCACCCGUAAUACGUGGAAAUCGAAGUAUUGAGCCGGCGGUGUCUUACAGUAAGCGUAUAAGGAAUGCUAUUAGCACGGAGUCUUUGAAUAGACACCCGCAAGGAGGAUCACCGGUAAAUGGUCCAGGUGUUACAGAAGAGCGACGCCGUAGCAGCUCGUCACACACCGGGGUGUAUCUGGGGAACAGCCACGAAGUGAUUCGCCCGUCAUCAAGUUAUGAUAGGCUUAACUUGGUAGGAGAAAGGGGAAGCAGAAAAAUCCCCUCCAUGCAAGACACGGGUGUAUCUGUGAAAAUCUCAGAUGUGGAGACCAGUCCAUGGCAACUGAGAAAGCCAGUAUCUUAAAGCCAAGUGCCGGCGACUUCACACUCCUGAUAAUCAAGGCUAUUUUUUUCCUUCAAGCUCUAACACAUUUUGUUUUUCCUGUUAUUCUUCUCCAUCGUCGGUCUUCCAAAUGGAGUCUACCGGCUAUAUAGACUUAUGCUAUCAUUCUUUAUUUGAUUAUCCUUUUUAUUUUAUAGUUUUGGGUAUUUGAAUUCAGGUCAACAUUUGCAACCUUUUUCCUUUAAUUCUUUAUAACUGGAUAUAUAUUUCUUUAAUCCAGAUACAAUAUAUAAUUGCAUUAUAAUUGCAUUAUAAUUGCAUUAUAAUGCAAUAUAAUUAUUGCCUUAGGUCUCUAGUACCCAGGGUAACGCGCUAAUUCGGGAUUGAUGGAGAUUGGACGCCACAGUGACUACCAUUGGUCAAACAACAAAAUCUGCUAUUUAACUGUCAUUAGAACACUAGCGUAGAUUCGCUUUAAAUGGGAAUUAGCGUGCUCUUUCAUCACUCAAUGUAAGAUAAAUUGUUUUUGUAUAUAAAUUAGGAACUGACUGUUUCGGACCAGCCUCUAUUCGUCCAAAUCUUGAUUGUGUAAGUUGUUCACUUUAUUCCUAAUCGACAUGGAGCUUGGUAAUUCUGGUAAACAAGCCCUGCUGGUAUUCUUUCUUCUUUCCCGUUUGAUACUUUCAAGACUAACUCAGCGAUUCGUUUUGUAUAUUUGAUAACUGUAUCACUUGAGCCAUUGCUUGUUCUUGUUUUCUAUGCAAUUCGCUUGACAAAAGUCAUUCUGUCGCAUGCACCUCACCGAAAUUUUUCUAUACCUUUGAUCACUUUGUCUCUUGUUUAUUUUUGGUAACUUUGUUGAUCGGUGUUAGUGUUGGUCUGGAACAAAGGUCUCGAUGGCUUGCAAAGGCAACAGUUGCCUUAGAAACACCAGAACCGAUUCAGCUCUACUCAUCUUCAGUACUGCACUCCCUAAGAGUAGACGUAUAGAAGGACACUUACCCUUCCUUAAAUGUUGCUUCCCACGUCUUGUGGCUUUGAAUUAAUGUGCUAAUACAUUGCUGUUGUUAACAUCAUCUAACUGUUAACCUUGACUUGGAAUUCUCCUUGGCGUUGCUGGUUUACGUUUCAAUUAUUGUCAAAAUCCGCUCCAAGGAACACAGAAGGUGACUACUGUGUUUGAACUGAGUGUCCUGAUAGCGGAGUUUAACCGUACAAACCGCGAUAUUCAUCUAUCGCAAGUAAUCYAUGCUUUGCUUCAUUUUGUCACACUUCUGUCCUACUUAUGUUGUCACACAUUCAUUCUUUCAAAUUACCGUAGAAUAAGAGAGGAGCGAAUCCUACUUAUCUGUCGGGGGAAAAUGAAGAAUAAUUCAACUAAUAGUCAUUGACAGAAGAUGGACAUUUUACUGUCAGCUUUUGCCCUAAAGCAUCGUCAUUUCUUAUUGUAUCAGCUGGCACUUGCAUUAUAUUUGCGGAUUCGCAGAUCCAGUGAAGGGCCGGGGUUAUCAAGACUCCUUUUACAUUCUAUAUUACCUUUUACCUUAGUGUYCGUAACCCACCCCACCGCACCCCUCCUCAUUCCUUUUUCUUCAGUUUGUAUGUACAGAAUUUCGUGAGUGGAGCCGCCCUUGCAAUAUUGUUAAUAUUUUAUCGUCAUUAAAUAAGAUUACUAUCAUGAAACAAAGAGUAUUUUUUAAAGUAAUGAUAAAUUUGCACAAAUGGAAUCCAUUAGAAAUUAAGGUUAAGCGCAUUUCUUCUUCGGCCGAGCGAAAUGGAGAGGUUAAUGGAAAAGUAUUAAAUAAUUUGUUCCGGAAUCGAUUGCUUUUCCAUAACUUAGCGUGCCACAAAAGGAAGAUUUCAACAGAGGAGAAACUAAGAGGCUUAAUCAUUAAAUAAUGAAUAGAAAUUCGGUUGUAUUUGCUGCUAAGAGUUGUAGCUUUUUUAUUAAGUACGAUUUAUUAUUAUAGUGCAGUAGCCGGUGUUAUUGUACAAUGUUAUAGUAGUAAAAUGAUGCCAUUAAGCAUGUGGGAGUCAUUAAACCACGGUUAUUUAAAAGCA